AAAUUAAAUUAUAAUCUGAAAGAAGCUUGUGAAAAUUUUCUUCGCGUGUUUUCCAAGUGUAAAAAAGUUGUAUAUUUUCAAAAAGAAGUUGAAGAUAGUGGAUUUAAUAUCACAAGAAUAUAAAAGAAAACAUAAACAAGGAAUUAUCCCGAAUAAGAGAUAUGGCUCGUGGUUUUAAUAGGGGCUACGGUGGAAGCCGUGGCGGUUCCAAUAAUCGUGGCUCAUCGUAUCGUUCAUCAAAUUAUAGUAACAGCCGCAUGCAAUCGUCCGGUGGCCGUACUUCAGAUCGUUCUGGUCGUUACAAUUCCAACAGCAAUAGUGACGGUCGCUAUGAUUCACGUAGAGAUCGUUUCAAUAAUUCCGGUUCCAGUCGUCACGAUUCCGGACACAAACGCAGUUAUAGGGACUCAUCACGCGAUCGUUCCUCAGAUCACAAAAGAUCCCGCCAAGACGAUUAUAGACGCACUUCAUCAUCAACUGGAAGGGGCAAUCGUACGCCUCCACCACCGCCACCACCAGUGGUAACAUCGAAUAGUUCAUCGUCGGGCUACAGAGGUGGAAAUUCCUCAAGACACAGCGAUCGUGAUGAUUCCAAGUCCAGACAUCGCUCAGAUAUGGGACCACCCAGUAAAAGACCACCGGUACGCAGCAGUUUCACCUCACGCAUACGUGGCUCUAGUAAUCGUGUCGGAGUCCGAACAGGCCGCGGCGGCGGUUCUGGCCGUAUUGUACGCCGUGAAUCCAACGAUCUGAGAAUAAUGAGACGUAAACUCAUGUACGCUCAACAGAAAGAUCGUGCACGACUUUUGAAAAUUGCACGCCUAACGAGCUCACUGCGGCGACGUCGUUUUGAACGACGAUCAUCGAAGAGUCCACGUCGUUCGUCGAGGAGUGGUAAAAAGUCAGCAUCUGGAUCCAGUGAUGAAGAUGAAGACAAGGAAAAAUCCAAGCAAAAGGGCAGCGAUGACGAGGAUGAGAACAAUGAUGAGGAUAAUAAAGAGGGCAGCGAUGAUAAGAAAGAAUCAAAGCGUGGCAAGUCAAAGCGUUCAAAGUCGGAAAAGUCAAAUGCCGAAGAAGACGACGAAGAGGAUGAGGAAGAAGAUGAUGUCGAUGGAGACAACAACGCAAACAGAUCUAAAGGUGAGGGUGAUAACGACGAAGAUGAGGAAGAAAUCGAAGACGACGAAGACAAAAAAUCGAAUGCCGAUGACAAGGAGCAUGUAGAGGGUGAAGAUGAAUCAGCAGAAAAGAAUGAAGAAGAUGAACCAGCAGAGGGUGCGGAAAAGACAUCAAAAGAUGCUGAUGGUGAGAAGGGGGACAAGAAAGAAGGUAAGAAAACUAAGGAGAGUUCUGCAAAGAAGGAAAAAUCAUCGACGACCACCAAGAAGUCCAGCUCAUCAUCUUCUAAGAAGGAUGACAAAUCCAAGGAUGACAAGGAUAGAAAGUCCAAGAAGUCAUCUCGAAAUGACGACGAUGAUAAAGAACGUAAGGCUCGUUCUUCGCGCCGUGGCGAAAGUCCUUCACGUAGGGGUGGUGGAACAUCCCGUUUCAUUAAACUGACUUGCAUUCAUUGCCACAUGAAAUGUGUUACAUUUACGGAUUAUCUGUAUCAUUUGUCUUCGCGAGUCCAUAAAUCAGCUUUGCGUCAAAUCGCUGUUCGCCAAAGGGCUCACCUCUUGCGUUUGAGAGCACGACAACGUGCUGCACAAAAGGAAAUUGAAGAAAAAUCUAAGGAGACUUAUGAGUCAAAAUUCUGUCAUCUUUGCCGUCUCCACUAUAGACAGCCUAAGGCCAAGCAUCAGCUCUCGGAACAUCAUAAAAUUAUGAAAAAGUUCCUAAUGCCAUACUGUUCAACUUGCCAUUUAGCAUUCAAGAGCCCCAUAUUGUAUGAAACCCAUCGCUGUUCAUUGGAACACAUAAAAAAUAAGGCCCGCAAACAAGAUUCCGAUUCAGACAACAGUGGAGAUGAAGAAAUGCGGGAAAUCGAUUUGAAUAAAUUUAUGACUGUUGAUUCGGUUGGUGAAAUUGACGAUGAAAUGGAUGCAGAUGUUGAAGCACUAUUGAAUGAAGCCAACGAAGAUUCGGAAGAAGAAAGCGAAGACAAAGAACGUACACCGGUUGGAAAGGAAUUUGUAAAAGAAGUAUCGGCAUACUAUUGUGAGUUAUGCGAACAAUAUGCUACGACUGAAAAGACAACCUUGGAAGAAUUUUCCAAGAAACAUUGCUUGCAAAGAUCCCACCUAAAGGCAUACUUGCGUCACAAGGAGGAAGAAAAGAAUGCACAGAAACGUAAAGAGGCAAAGGAAAAGAAUAAUUCAGAAAGUGAAAAUAAGGACGAAGGAGAUGCAGAAGAAGAAGAACACAAAGAGGACAAUGAAGAAGCAACUGAGGGAAAUGAAGAUGCCGAGAAGGCUGACGCUCAAGAAAAUGAUGAAGAACAGGAAGUCGACGAUGAAGCUCAAGCCGAUGAAAAGCUUUGGGAAGAUGUAGACAAAGAUUUGGGUGAUUUGCUGAGACACGUUGAACCCGAGGAACGUGACGAAGACGAGGAAAAUGAUUCUGUGCUAAAUAUUGAUAUAGAAAGUGAAAAACACAAAAACAAGGAAGUAAAUGGAAAGAAAGAAGAGGAAUCUGAAGAAAAAGAAGAAUCGACAAAGAAGACAAACGUCAAGGAAGAAAAUACCGAUGUUUCAUCCACCACCGAAAAGGUUUCAACAUCAACUCCCGCUAAAGGCAAACCACAACGAACAACAAAAGCAGCUGCUAACGCUGCAAAGACGGCCGCUGCCAAAGAGGCUGCUAUUGAGGAGGAAACCAAAGAGUAAAUGGAGACCAUGGACAAUAUGAGUGAAAAAAUGAGAUUUAAUUAGAAAUUACUCUUUGAGUAUUCGUCGUCGGAGUCCUUAAAUGUUAGAAGCGAAACGUAUGGAAUCCCUAGUUUUUAACUAUAUAAUCCAUUCACUAUCAUCGUAUGUUUCUUAAUUUUUUGUUGAUUCUUUUUUUUUCGGAAAAAAUGUUUUUAAUUUCUAGGUAUAUUCUUACCUAUUUAAAUUUUAUUUUAUUUUUCAAUUAUUCUAGUUCUAGUUUACUCUAUCACCAUACCAACAUACAUAACAGAUUUAAUCUCUAAAGAAACGGAGAAACAAAUAAAAGAAUAAUGAGUAUAUACAUUUUAAACAAUAAACAAA